CGCCCUGCGAGGUUUCUCUUCCUGAAGAAAUUAGUUGUAUUCUUCGUUUUAUUCGAUUUUUUUAAGGAUCCAGCUAUGUUUCAGUCAAUUAAGGAUCGAAAGAAGGACCAAAAGGAUAAACCAAAGGUUUUGCAGGUUCGAAAGAACGACCAAAAAGAUAAAUUGAAGGUUUUCAAGCCUCCAAAACUGAAGGAAUCCUCCACAAACUGGGGUUUAAUGGGAUUCAUCUGCUGUUACUUCGUGGGAGUUGGAUCCAUAAUUCUGGGAGUUUAUGUGAGCUUCCUCCCUCACUUUGGAACUGAUCUCUUCAUCGGCCUCUAUGCUUUUGGAAACAUUUUUGCUCUUUCCAGCACAUUGUUUCUCGUGGGGCCAGUGAAGCAGCUGAAGAGGAUGUGCGACAUGUCCAGAGUAUUGGCCGCCCUCACCAUGCUUGUGUGA